AUGUUACCCCUGGCAAAGAAGAGAAAGACAACUGAUUCUGAUGAUGAGAACGACAAAGAUGCCCCGAAGAAAAACAGAGCGACUCUCGCAUCUUUAAGUAGAUCCGUCACGCCACCAUUGACUUCCCGCGACAGACUACGAAACAAUGAUCGACACGACAAUCAAACCGAUCACACUGAUCGUACAUCGCACAGUAUCGACAGCAUAAAAUGCAGGAAACCUCAUGAUGAACUCAAAAUCAAUAAUGCUGAGGAACAGCCUCGCAUCAUACGCUCACCCAUACAGCUCACGCAUAUCAGAGAUCUCCCUGCCGACAAGAAUAUCGAUACAAUCCAACUACACGACAUCCUGGGCGAUCCCAUGAUUCGGGAAUGCUGGCAAUUCAAUUACUGCUUCGAUAUUGACUUUCUCAUGGAUCAAUUUGAUCAGGACGUGAAAGAUCUUGUGCAAGUAAAGAUAGUGCACGGGUCGUGGAAACAAGACUCUGCAAAUCGAAUUCGAAUAGAUGUACAGUCAACGCCACCUCUCAUGGGUGUCAGUGGUACUAAUUGCUUCCAGGAAGCAUGCGCUCGCUAUCCCAAUGUUGAACCUAUUGUGGCCUAUAUGCCGGAGCCAUUCGGGACGCAUCAUUCGAAGAUGAUGGUCCUUCUUCGUCAUGAUGACCUUGCCCAGUAG